AGCCAAACUACGGCACCAGCCUGUCCAGCCACCAGGUAACAAAUAGAGAACCCCAACCGUCAAAUCAAAGUACGGCUGCAAUGACUUCAUCCUAAACUUCGUAGUUAUCCUUUUUCCAAGACCGAUCUACUCUCACUCCAAAGUCCAAUCACUCUAGUUUCUUCUCCUUCUUCUCCUUCUCCAUCUUUUUCUCGGGGACUCUGCCUCUAGUUCCUCUGCUUUGCGCUGCACGGCGGCCAAAAGGGAAGAGAGAAAAGGGGUAAGAUGAUCAUCAAAAGUACAGCUGAUCUCGUGAAAGACGAGCUCCCAAUUGAGAAGGAAGCGAUGGUGAUUCCAGAGGACGAAGGAGCUGUCUCCGGUCUGGUACUUGUGGACAUCAUCAACGGAUUCUGCACCGUUGGAGCCGGGAAUUUGGCUCCAACAGAGCCGAAUACGCAGAUCACCGAAAUGAUUAAGGAAUCGGAGAGGAUGGCAAGGUUAUUCUGUGAGAAGAAGCUCCCUGUCAUGGUUUUCCUUGAUUCCCAUCACCCUGGAAAGCCUGAAAACCCAUACCCUCCUCACUGCCUUGUGGGCACCCCUGAAUCCAACUUGGUUCCCGCUUUAGAGUGGCUUGAGAAGGAACCAAACGUGACAAUCAGAAGGAAGGACUGCUUCGAUGGGUUCUUGGGAUCGAUACAGGAAGAUGGGUCCAACGUUUUUGUCGACUGGGUUGCCAAGAAUGCCAUCACAACUAUAGUGGUGGCUGGGGUGUGCACAGACAUAUGCGUGCUGGACUUCGUCUGCUCGACGCUAUCAGCCAGAAACCUGGGAUUUCUGAAACCUCUGGAGAAUGUGGUAGUGUGUUCGAAUGCCUGUGCUACGUUUGAUGUCCCUCUCCAUGCUUCAAAGAGGGCCAAGGGUGCUAUGGCUCAUCCCCAGGAGCUUAUGCACCAUGUAGGGCUAUACAUGGCGAAGGAAAGAGGUGCCGUCAUAGCAAGCGAGGUGAGGUUUGCAUCCAACAAUAAUAUGGGACGACUCGAUGUGUGAACCAGCCUUACCUACUUGAUACGUGGAGUGGAGUUGGCUCUCCAUAUAGAUGGGAAUUUAUGCUCUGUUUCAUACAACUGAAGUUUGGUUUCCGGCAGUCCUAGUAGAUAUUGUCCCUACAAGAAGUAUUUUGAUCGAACUUUACUUUCCAAUGGCGCACCGUUGUUAUACGACUACUACUGCUACCUAGUUGGCCACUCUACAUGGCUAAACGAUAUUUUUCCAUGAUGGAAUGUAAACUUAAGUACUUAUGUUAAGUGACUUUUAUAUAUUCCAUGCAACUUACUUGGGUAUAUAUGUGUCUAGUAAAUAAACCGUUUUUAUACUACUG